AUGGCCCUCAAAACUACCAUGCAGACCCUCGUACAAAAAACCGCCGCCUCAACCACCCUAACCCUAAUUAACUCCCCAAUCCCAUCCCCAACCCCAAACUCCGACGAACACCUCAUCCAAAUAAAAGCCUGCUCACCCUGCUCCGGCGAACUUCUCUGGCCAAAGAACUUCCCCCCACCAACCGAGCGCCCCUUAAUCCCCUGCCCAGACAUGGCAGGAAUAGUCAUCUCCGCACCAGCCGACUCCCCCUUCCAACCCGGCGCGGAAGUCUACUCGCGCACUAAUUACAUUCGGCCGGGCAAUGCGCGUGAAUAUUCCAUUGCUGUUACUGAAGAGUUGGCGCGGAAACCGAAGGGACUGAGUUUCGUGCAGGCGGUUUCUAUACCGCUUUCUGCUAUGACGGCUUGGCAAAUUCUUUUUGUCCAUGCUUUCCCUACUGAGCAAGAGAUGGGGAUUGAAGAGGCCAAGGCUGUCUGGAAGGGGAAGAGGGUUCUUGUUACUGCUGCGUCUGGGGGUGUUGGGAUGUGGGUUGUACAAUUGGCGAGGAUGCUUGGUGCGGAGGUUAUUGGGACGUGCGGGAGUGGGAAUGCCAAUCUUGUGAGGGACCUUGGGGUUGGGGAGGUGCUUGAUUAUCGGAAGGUGGAUUUGAAGGAGUGGGCUGGUCAGGAUGGGAAUGCGGUCGAUGUUGUUGUUGAUUGUGUUGGUCGGCAGGCUCUCGCUGAUGCGUGGUGGACUGUUAAGGAUGGUGGUGUUGUUUUGAGUAUUUAUCAGCCGCCUAGGGGGGUUUGUCCAGCUGGAUUUGAGGGAACUGGCGUGAGGGAUGUGUUCUUUGUUAUGCAACCUGUUAGUAGGCAGCUGGAGGAGAUUACGAGGUUGGCUGAGGCUGGGUUGUGUCGCGGGAUAGUUGAUAGUGUUUGGCCGCUGGAACAGUUCGAGGAGGCGUUUAAGAGGUUGGAUGGGGGUCAUGCGAAGGGCAAGAUUGUGUUUGAUCUGGAGCUGAAUCGUUAG